CAGACAGCCCAAAAUACUCACUGGCAUCAUUUGCAGCCUAUAAUGAUAGGACAUGUAUGGAUCACUCUAAUAAUAAUAAUGGUGAAGAAGUCACAGGCUCUCUCCCGGUGUCAGCGCCCCGAGCAGCCGUUACCGGCUUACCUCCACGAAGGAGAGAUCAUUAUCGGGGGACUUAUUCCCGUACACGAGAAGACGGCGAAACCGACACUGAAAUAUACGGAGAAACCCCCAGGCAGGACCUGUGAAAAGUUCUACUUCGAGAAAUAUCAGUACGUCCUCGCCAUGUUAUUCGCCAUCAGCGAGAUCAACGCCAACCCGCUGCUGAUGGCCAACCUGACGUUGGGAUUCGAGAUUUAUGACUCCUGCUACUCGGACGCCGCGGCCGUGGACGGCGUCAUGGGCUACCUGUCCGGGAAACGAUCCAAGGUGCCCAAUUACAGAUGUGCGCCGACGCCUCCUAAACUGUCCGCGGUGGUGGGGGACUCUCCAUCCUCCGGCUCCAUCGCCAUCGCUCGCAUACUCGGACUCACUAAGUUCCCGCAGCUCAUUUUCCUGUCUUUUGCAGAUCAGUUACGCCUCAGCCCUCCCGACAUUGGCCGAUAA